AUGUUUAUUUUCUUCAUUCUUCGACAUCAUAAUCUAUGCUCACAUUUCUGCACUUCUUCUAUUUCUGAGACAGACAUUCUAUUUAAGUUAUCUUUUUCUCCUGUUCAUUUAUUUUUCUUUCUUCCUUGUGUGCUCGCCUUUUUCCUUUUCCUUUCCACUUUAAUUAUCUCUAGUUUGCCUUUUUUAAUUAUUCUUCUACCUUCCUAUCUAUUUUUCUUCUUCUCACUUUCCCUUUUUUUCUCCCUCCUCCUUUUUACUUUCUUCUUCCUAAUAGUUUCCUCCCCUUUACUCACUACUUUUAUCUUUCGUAUCUUUUCGUCAUUUUUUUCUUUUCCUUCUUUUUUCUACAUCUUCUCAUUCGUCUAUAUUUUUGCUCUCUCUCUUUCUCUUUUUUUUUCUAGCCACUCUUCUUGUCACCUCUUUUUAUCUUUUUCCUCCUCCUUUUUCUACUCUCUUCAUUUUGUCUUUAUAAUCUCAUCAGCCUUUUAUCUUUUUUUCAUUUAUCCCCCUCCUUGUCGUCUGCUAUCUUUUCCACUUUUCUUUCUGUUGCCAACCUUGUUCUGUUCUUUUUCUCAAUUUUCCGACUGUUUCUUAUUACCUCGCCCUCUUCAUUAUUCUCGCUUUCAUUUCUUUCUAUUUCCAUGUUUUUCUUUCUCAUCUCUUCUUUAUUACCUUUUCUCUGCAUUUGAACGACGCCUUUUUCCUCCUUCUUCACUUACACUCAGCAUCAUCAAAGCCUAUUCAUUACUAGCGUAUACCUCCGUCUCUCUUACUACCAUUUCCCCGUCAUUUGUAUCUUUUGACAAACCCCGUAUCACUACCCACCGCAACUAA